UGGACCCCAGCACAGUGUGCUAGCACACACCUACACUCUAACACUGUGGCAAAAUAUCUCUGUUCCUCAUCCCACCGUAGACGCCUAAAAAAAAAACUAAGUGUGCAGACCACCCAAGGGCUCUAGAGAGUGCACACUGGGAGGCCCGGGUGGGUGAAUGUGCUGAAGGAUGACAGUGUUUUGGAAAGUAGUGGCAGGUGGACUGCUCUUUACUGUAAGCCUCACUCUGCUGGGACGGCAAGCUGAGGGGCAGGGGAACGGACGGGAUAAGAAAGAAGUAUCGGGAGAUUCAACCGUAUACCUCGGGCAGCACAGAGACCUCUGGAGGCCGCUGAUCCACACAACAGCCAACCUCUCUGAGAUUAGCAGCAUCAAGUCAUCCUUUCAGCUACGGACAUUUGACCCCGAAGGUGCAAUUUUUUACGGAGACACCAAAAACGGAGGGGACUGGUUUGUUUUGUCCCUGAAAGAUGGCAUCCCUCUGAUGCAGAUCAGCAAAGAAGAUGUACUCGUCAGCGUGGCAGGUGGGCCAAAGCUCAACGAUGGGAAAUGGCACACGCUUGAAGUGAGCAACCAAGGGAAGUUUGUCAUCCUAGAGGUGGAUGGCUCAGCUGGACUGGUGGUAGGCAUGCAGUCUGAAAAUAUAGAGGAUGUCAUUUUUGGUAAACUUCGACUGGCUGUUGGUGGAAUCCUGAUCAACAAGGAAAAGAUGAUUGUUCAGUUUGAGCCGCAGAUGGACGGCUGUGUGCGGGACGGAAGAUGGCUGAACCUUAGCAUCCCCUGGAAGGUGGAGGCAGAAGAGCUGUGGUCCUGUCAUCAAAACAUCCAACCUGGCAGCUACUUCCCAGGCACAGGAUUUGCUGUUUUCAACACAUCAGUUUUCCCAUUUGAGGAAGAACAUGGGCUGAAGAUUGAAUUGUGGGGUGAUUUUGGUCAGAUGGACGGGACCAUUUUGAGCAUCAAGCCUUCACAGGAAGAGCCGAUGUUUACUGUAGUAGCCAGCAAUAACACAAAGGUGGUCACGCUCAAGUUCAAAGAAGAAAAUGUCACUGUGGAAAACCCUUUCAAGAGACUGCUGAUUACCUUUCAGAAGGAUUUACUGAAAGUGUUUCCAGAUGAAGAUGAAUCAAAAAGCAUUGUGUUACCUGUCAGUGCUGUGAGCCACCCUGGUUAUUUGGCAGCUUGGAAAAAUGGUCUUCUUGCUGUUGGAGGUUUUCUGGGUGAAAGUGAGGAUAAUGUCGGCUCCCAUUUCUUGACAGGCUGUCUAGAGAAGAUCCAAGUCCAAGGGAGGGAUUUGGAUCUGGAUUUAGGCAUCAAGCACAAGUCAAUCUCCUCUCACAGCUGCCCCGCCUAGACCACAAAAGCAAGGAUGGGCUGUAUGUGGACUGGAUGUUUGAAGUUGAUGCAUUUAUUCACACAAGUCAAUGUAAAUGAUAAACAUAGCAUGUUUAAUUACCCUAAAGAUUGAAUGAAAAUCAAAGAAUGGCUACAG